AUGGCGUCCUUUCCAAGUUACGGUAAGACGGCGGUGCCAGCGGAGGAGGAGAACGGCGAGUUGGACCAGUCUCUGCAGCACAUGCUGAAGGCCAUCGCCGACGAGAGGAGCCGCCUGAACAGCCGGCAAGAGAUGAGCGGACUGGGGUGUUUUAAGGAUGACAGGAUUGUGUUCUGGACGUGGAUGUUCUCUACAUACUUUAUGGAGAAAUGGGCUCCACGUCAGGAUGACAUGCUCUUCUAUGUGCGGCGGAAGCUCUCUUAUGUCAGUGCAGACAACACAGAAGGAAAAAAGGUGGAGGUUGAGGUGUACAGAAGGGACUCCAAAAAGCUGCCUGGUCUGGGGGACCCUGACAUAGACUGGGAGGAGAGCGUCUACCUGAACCUCAUCUUACAAAAGCUGGACUACGUGGUCACAUGUGCUGUCUGCACACGCUCAGAUGCAGGAGACAUCCAUAUCCAUAAGAAGAAGUCUCAGCAAGUGUUCGCCUCUCCCAGCAAACACCCGAUGGACAGCAAGGGAGAAGAGUCCAAAAUGAGCUACCCAAACAUCUUCUUCAUGAUUGACAACUUUGAGGAGGUGUUCAGUGACAUGACUGUUGGAGAAGGAGAGAUGGUCUGUGUGGAGCUGGUGGCCAGUGACAAGAGCACUACUUUCCAGGGAGUCAUCUUCCAGGGCUCCAUACGUUAUGAGGCCCUCAAAAAGGUCUACGACAACCGGGUGAGUGUGGCUGCUAAAAUGGCCCAGCGCAUGUCCUUUGGCUUCUACAAGUACAACAACAUGGAGUUUGUGCGAAUGAAGGGUCCGCAGGGGAAGGGCCAUGCUGAGAUGGCAGUGAGCCGAGUGCCCACGGGGGACACUUCACCCUGCGGCACUGAGGAGGACCAGGACUCACCUAUGCAUGAGAGGGUAACAUCGUUCAGCACCCCGCCCACACCGGAGAGAAACAGGCCCUCCUUCUUCUCCCCUUCUCUGCGCCGAAAAGUGCCCCGAAACCGCAUCGCCGAGAUGAAGAAAUCCCAUUCAGCCAACGACAGUGAGGAGUUCUUCAGGGAAGAGGAUGACGAAGACCUGUGCAACACCACAAACCUGCGCUCGCGCUCUCUGUCGGGGACAGGCCGCUCGCUGGUGGGCUCAUGGCUGAAGCUGAACAGGACGGAGGAGUACUUCCUGCUCUACUCCCACCUCACCUACGUCACACUUCCCCUGCACCGUAUAACCACAGAUAUUCUGGAAGUGAGACAAAAGCCCAUUCUGAUGACAUAGCAGUUCCUGACUUCCUUCGAACACACGACUAAGUGCCUCUCCACAUCAGGCCCCCGAGACGACACCGCCAUCUAGCGUCCAGACAGAGAACCAAAAAAAAAACACCACUGAAAGGAGAAGAGAACAAAUGUUGAGACCUAAAGGACUUAUAAAAUAAACCAGCCAAUCAAGAAGUGCCUCUUCCACCUGUUCUUCUGUGUGCUCUGCCAGAGUCACUGUCUGUAUGUGGGCACCAGAGCGAAAGAGCCUGGACAGCAGAACACCUCCUGAGACUCGUUGUUCAUCAGAUUGGCUCAGGUCUGGAACGAAAGCAGUUACUGGCUGACGUCCCGCCAGCGAGCAAAAGGGAAACGUGUAAAAGAGUUGAAAAAAAAAGAAAAGAAAACGCAAAAGAAUGUCUUUGUUCCUUGUAAAUACACUGCUGCUUAGAAACUCAGUGAAUAUACCAACCACGACCCUCUCCUCAGCCUUGUGUGGAAAAGAAAAAGAGAAAAAAGGCUCUCCCGGGUCUUUCAGUGUCGUUUAUUUGUGCAUAGUGCAUUUUUUUCCAAAGGCAACCUCCUCCCAUCCCUAGGCCUUAACACCUCCUAACCAGCUAAUAUGACACAUAGACUCCCUUUUAUGGCCUACGUAUCACUUAGACUUCUCACAAAAGUCUGUAUUUGGAAAUGCUGGAUGUGUCUUUUGAGUUAAAAACACAAGCUGCACAAGUAGGAUUUCUCUUCUUUUGCUAAAAAUAAGAUGUGACGAUAUCUUUGUUCAUUAGUAUGUUUGGAGAUAUUUGUAACCUUUGUGAUCUUUAUAACUGAUGUUGGUAGAAUGAGUGAAAGAACGACAGCGAAUUUGCCAAAAGGCCUUGAAAAGCGUGUUUUUUUUUGUUAUUUUUAUUCUUCCUAGAGGACCACUCCGUAGAUUUGUGUUAGGACCAGAGCACAGUGCUUGGCAUCCACACUAUUGCAGUUAUAUACAGUUAUAUGUGCACAAAAACACCACUACACCAUAGUAACUGUUCACUGGAUGACAUUUAACAAGAUCACUCUUGUCCCUGUUUUGUUCUAACCCAUAAUCCUUAGGCUUCAAAAGCCGAACUUCAAAAAUGAACCCGGCUCCAUUCAAUUUCUCCAGCUUUUGUCUUUUCUUGUUAAGUGUUUGAGUGUGGGUCUGGUGGCUGUUGUCCUUCGACACUCUUUUUUCUGUUCAUUCAAUUGGCUUUGAAAUCACUUACGCUAAAGGCUUAGUGAAGAUCGCGUGAGGUGAGCAGCGACCCAGACGGUCAGUAUUAUGUUGGAUUUUGUGAGCUGAAUGUAUUCCUAGUGUAAAAAUAGCUUACGACUGCUUCAAUAACCAUUUGAUAUUCGAAAGGCAACAUGAUUUGUCAGCAGCAUUUUGAAAAAUGUUUUUUAAAAAACAUUUUGAAACUCGAUUUAUUUGUAUUUAUUUAUUUUUAAUUUUCUUCCUGUAGGCUAUAGAAAGCCCAUUUCAAAGCCAACAGAAGGCUGUUUUGAAGGAGGUCUCGUGGUUACAUACACUUCUUUAAAUGCUUUAACUGCGCUUUUGUAUUCAGUUACAAAAUGUAAAUGUGCAUGUUUAGCCAAUAUUUAUGUUACACAGUUAAUAAAUGUACAUUUUCUGUACCUCUUUAUGAAAAUACAAAUUGCAAAAAAAAACACGUUUUAAAUUUGUACUUAUUAACACACGUUUUUCAGAAAUACAAGCCAGAAACUGACGUGCAGGCUGACACUGCAGGUCCUUGAAGCAGAUUUGUUCUCUGUAUUGAAGUCUGUGCAGAGUUGAGGUGAGCAGAGAUGAGAAAAUCACUUCAGCGGACUUGGUGAAGCUGUGCAUGCCUGAAAAGGUCAGAACUGCACGAUAAUUGUCAGGUGAUAUACAGUUAUGUAAGACAGCUGAAGGGCUUAGGUCUGGUCAAAGCCUCCUGCAGCUCUGUCCAUAUUGCUGCUUUCCAGCUCUAAUCUAUUGGCAUUCACAUUUUCUGAAGCUUUGUCCUGCACACAUCUCCUGUCACAGGGUUUGCUAUUCCUAUUGUGUCGGUUACAUACUGGCACAAACACUAAAACUAGUGCUCAGCUUUUGGCAAAAGAUAAAGGCUUUCAAAUCCUUCUUGUAACAAUCAGCUUAGUCUUCAACUGCAAGUAAACAGCAUCACGUAUUAUGUGCCAGCAUUUUACCCCCUUAACAAACUGCUCCAAUACUCCUGUUUCUGGCAUUAAUAAUAAUAAUAAUAAUAAUAAUAAUAAUAAUAGCAGCAACUUUAUGUUCAGAGUUUACACCAGAUAAGAAAACACUAUAGAACAAACGCCCUUCUAAAAAAACAAGCAUUGAAUAUUAGUGUUGGUUCCUGGUGGUUUUUUAAUGUUUUGGUUUUUCUCAGUGGGCUGAUAUUACAGCGUAAAGGAUCUUAAUGGUAUACCAGAUGAGCUGUGACAGAUACUAGAUGCAUUUGAUGGUUUUCUGAUAGAAUCUAAAGGUGUUCCACAGGAAACUGGUGGUCUCUAAUAGUAACCACUGAGCCAAAAAUAAGUCAAAGAAGCAAAGCCAGGUUUUAAUUCUAAUGUUACAGUUGAUCCAAGUUUAGGUACUCAAGACUGUGAUGAAAGCCUGAUGUUUGUCAUCAACAGCCAUCGACAUGAAGACAAGUUGAGUGGCUUACAUUCCAAAAAAAUGAAAAAAUCAUACUACAGAAAUAUGUACACUAAAAAUGUAAAGCUGUGUUGUAAGAAAACACAUUAAGUUGAUAUUAAUUGAACUGACCCAGUUUUAAAAUGUGCUUAAAGUAUUAGUGUUGAAAAAUGUAAUUAUCCCAAGAUUAAAUCCCACGUAUUAAUCUAGUAAAAUAGAGAAUGAGUUGUGUUUUUCCAAGACAAGUGAUUUCCACCUGGUAUCAUGAGACACAGACCCAGUCCAUUGUAUUUAAAAUAGGAAAUGUCUCACAUAAAACUUUUUAGAGUUACGAUAACUUCUUUGAUGUUUUCAUGCAUUCAAAAGAAUCUUUGAAUUGAAUCAACAUAUUAAAAUGUAGUCUGUUGCCAUUCGCAGUGGGAGAGACUGCCACAGGAGACAAGAUUUUAUGGGCCCCGGCUCCAUCUGAUUGCAUAUUGGGCCUCUUUCCCCUUGUUUUACUACCAUCUCAGUGAUGUCUUUCCUCCUGGGCCAGGAGUGUCCAAACCUUUUUUAAAAAAAAGCCGGAUUGUACAGUGUCAAAAUACCCAAGGGCAGAAAUAUGAUUAUGACUCUGUGAAGUAACAUGUUUCCUAUCACUGUAUAAAAAAUGCACAGGCUUCUUUUAUUGUUGGAUUUCUCAGAGCUAUUUAGAUCAGUAAGUGCUUAGAACUAUUAAAUUGUUUAACAAUAAA